ACAAAUUUUUCCCACACGGCAGUUGACUUGGAACUCGCUCUCUCCCCCUCUCUGUGCGCUUCAACUGGGAAACUACACGGGCAUUUAAAAAAGAGAAGGCUCUGGUCAAGGGUGUGGAAUUACAAGGCAAUUGAUAACAGUGAAAUCUAUAUGAGGCAAGCUUUGUGGUGGUCAUAGUAAGGCGCUUUUCAUACUUCAGUGAUUCGCCUUUUGAUCAAACCAGGAUUUGCAAAUUAAAGAAGAACAAGGAAGCCUGGGUUUUUCAGCUUCUUCUCAACGUGGGUAGGUUCUAAAGGCAAGAUUCAGUUUAACAUAUGGGGAAUUGCUGGGGUUCUUCUGCUGAAAAUCCAAGCUCAAGUGCUGACACCCGCCUCAGUACCACAGGCACAUCAUCACAGUCAACAAGCACCAUGACAAUGACGACAACUUCGGCUGGCAGCAGCAUAUCCCCGAUCAGCCGGUUCUCUGCUUCAAGCGGGGACGAGACUUCACCUCACGGCCAGAUCUUACCACACCCGAAUUUAAGGAUCUUCACGUUUGCAGAGCUGAAAGUUGCGACUAAAAACUUUAAGUCCGACUCGCUUCUUGGAGAGGGCGGCUUUGGAAAAGUUUUCAAGGGCUGGCUUGAAGAAAAGCCUUCAGCGAAGAACGGCAGUGGGUUGGUAAUCGCCGUCAAGAGACUGAAAUCUGAGAGCGCGCAGGGUUUCCGGGAGUGGCAGGCCGAGAUAGAUUUCCUAGGACGGCUUUCUCAUCCAAACCUUGUGAAGCUUAUUGGGUAUUGCCUGGAGGAGACAGAACUUCUCCUGGUGUAUGAAUUCAUGCAGAAGGGAAGCCUGGAGAACCACUUAUUCGGAAGAGGCGCGGUGGUUCAGCCGCUUCAGUGGAGCUUGAGGCUUAAAAUCGCAGUAGGAGCAGCCCGUGGCCUGGCGUUCCUGCAUACUUCCGAAAAGCAAGUCAUUUAUCGAGACUUCAAGGCAUCGAACAUCCUGCUGGACGGAUUUUACAAUGCCAAGAUCUCAGAUUUUGGCCUGGCCAAGAUUGGUCCUUCACCGAGCCAGUCUCAUGUCUCAACCCGGGUCAUGGGAACGCAAGGUUAUGCAGCUCCGGAGUACAUCGCGACUGGACACCUUUAUGUUAAGAGCGACGUGUUUGGGUUCGGUGUAGUCCUGGUCGAGAUAUUGACAGGCCUCCGGGCGGUCGACACCGGCCGCACCGGGAAGGAGAAUCUGGUCGAGUGGGUGAAACCGUACUUGUCCGACAGGCGAAAGCUGAAGACCAUCAUGGAUGCGGGGCUUCAGGGGAAGUAUCCCUCGAAAGUCGUGUACGAGAUCGCCCAGCUCGCGCUGACCUGCCUGGCGGGGGAGCCCAAGGCCAGGCCAUCGAUGGAAGAGGUCGUGAAGAAUUUGGAGACGCUCGAGGCGGCCCCCGAGAGGGCGGCCAAGUCGAGGAACCGCUCCGGCUCGCAUCUUGCGGUGCACAGGCACGUCCAGCACCAGCACCAGCACCAGCACCAACACCAGCUGCCACUGCCGCUGCCACCGCCAUCGCCGAUGCAGCCCCGGACUCCGCUUCACCCGAGGCAUAACGGCUUCUCGGCUUACCAACAGUCACCUCAACUUAGGCAGUAGCGGAAAUCAAGGGGUGAUGUUCAGCAAUGAAGAUGUAGUUCAUUGGAUUAUAGGGAUUAGUCUUUUGCCAUAAUUUGGUUUGAUAAUCUGCGUUUAGGAAAGGGGUUUUGAAUCCAAGCAAAUAUCAGUUUGGUUAGACAGGAGAGACUAUGGCACGUCCUAUUGCUACUUGUGUACAAGCCGAAAAGAGUUGCGAUCAGAGAUUUUUUCUUUUCUUUUUUAUUAUUUAUAAAUUUUCAGAUCAUGUAUAUUUCAGGGUGAAAAUGAAGAAUUGUAAUUGUACCAA